UAGUUUGUUUUAUAUUAGACUGACUUUAGAGCUACACUGUCUAAUCUUUCUAAUAAUCUUGCUGUCAAAGAUCAGUGAAAAUAUGAUCAACUUAAUAAUGUUGGAGUCUAUAUAUUGACUAGUAGAGUUUACUGAAUUUUUUGUUCGCUUUUUCAGAUAGUUUUCGUGUUCCAAGACAACCUUUCAAAAGGGCUUUGUGACAAAUGAUCGGUGUGUUUGCCAGCACUUCAAAUUAGUUGCCUCAAGAUUGCAGGAGAGUCGCAUAUACCGGCUCCUUCCAACAUGCACCGAACUGGAUUCGUGGCUUAUAAUCUACUGAUGCUCGUCUCGUUAACUGUUGGUCUCGAGAUUGAAGAGAGUCUUAUUCUGAGUAACGAAAAAGAUCUGGAAGUCUUGGAAACAUUGCGAGAAUCGAACACUAAUUUCUCCGGCGAUUUUAAAGAGCGCUACUCUGCGCACGGAUAUCAUGACGAAAUUUACCAAUCGGAAGAAAAGCUUUCGAAAGAGCUUUCUUUCGAGACAGCUUGGACGAAGACAGGAAAGAGGAAGCUUACAGUUGUCAAAGUUUCUCACAGAAACUUCUCUGAGGAACUUGGCAGGCUUAAAGAAAGCUUCGCCACAACUGGAAAUCAUUUUGUUGAGGAUAAAGACGACCUACCAAGCGUUCUCACUCGAAGACACUUUCGAAAUCGAAGAGAAAUCUAUGGCAAACAUCGAAGAUACUACAUUCCUGCUCGAAGCUUUGCUCAGAGAUAUCCCUUUGAAGUCGUGGUAAGAAUAUCUACUGGAUGUACCGGUACGUUAGUGUCUCCCCGACAUGUCCUAACUGCAGCUCACUGUCUACAUAAUGGAAAGGACUACACUAAGGGAUUUCGCUCACUUCGUGUCGGACUCUUACAGCCCAACAAAACUCUAUCUUGGAUCGGAGCUACACAUGCUAAGCUCCCUCUAGCAUGGGUACAAGGCAACGAUACAGAUGCUUCAAGGUUUGACUACGCCAUCAUUAAGCUUGCUCAUCGUCACAAGCGAGAUUUCAUGUCUGUAUCAUUCAGUCAGGGCAACAGGUUUGGAAGAAUGACGAAGAUACACUUCACAGCAUUUGAAGAUGACAAGCCUAGAAACACUUUAUGGUACAGAGCCUGUUACAUAUUAGCAGCAACCAGUGAUAUGUUAUUCCACUGCUGUGACGCGCAACCUGGUUCCUCCGGUGCAGGAGUCUACACUUAUCACUACGAUGAAAAGACCCGUACUCGAGACCGCCGUAUCAUCGGGGUAUUCUCCGGUAAUCGAAACGUUCCUUAUCAUCCCUGGUGGCCGUACGUUGGUUGCCCCCCUGUCUGGAGGGGGAACUUCAAUGCUGCUAUUCGACUGAGCUCGCUAAAGUUUCGACAACUGUGUUUGUGGAUUGGCCUGAAGCACGCGGUGAAAGACUGCAAGAAGUAUUUGAUAGGGUUACCAGCAAGAGAACCGCCAAGGCCUAGAGUAACCGAGAAGAAGAAGAAGAAGAAAGAUAAAAACAGCAAUCGAAAAAGGCGUGGUAAGGAAACGAAGAAGAAAUUAGGAAAAAAGCGAUCAGCGAAAAAUAAGAAAAAACCAAGAAAGAAAGGAAAGAAAAGUGGCUGAAUAAAAUCUAGGGAUGUAUAGAUUUUAACAUUUCUCGCUAAUACAGUAAUCACGAACGUGUUUAAAAUGCAGAUCACCUUCAAGUAAGAAAACAUACAAAAAAGAUUCCCGCAAAGCAUACUUUGCCAUCCAUUUUGUUUCGCAUAGUUUUGAGCACAUCAUAUUUCUUAAAACAAAUGCUUAUAUGCCUUGAAGACAUUUUAGUCAGAUAUGUCGUCGCACAUUUGAAAGUAUAGCGUUGUAAAGUAGCUCAGCCAGGGGAAAGGACUUUCUUUUGAUUCCAUUCUAGAAUAGACGUACACUUUUAGAAUUCAUAAAAUACUUCCCUGUUCCUUGAUUACAGACUCAUUUACUCAGAGAGGGCCUCAUCGUUUCAGUGUCAGAAAAACACUAAUACCAGCGGUAAAGUAAGGAAUUCACAACUUCGACCGACUAUACAAACACUUUGAAAUAUAUAGACCAUUUUAGAGUUCCAAAUAACCGCUGUGUUUCUUGAUUACAGAAUCAUUACACAGGUUUAGCCUCGAUUUUGUGCAGAAUAUUCACGUGUUCCAGUCACACAAGGUCCGUUGAGUUUCAAAGUGUUUGUAUUGUUGAAGUUGUGCAUUCUUUACUUUAUCGUUCGUAUUUGUGAAUAUUUAGACACAGGUACGAAACUGGUCUGUUCCACGGACCUUCACUUAAUCACGUGAAUAUUCUAUAUACAAAACCGAGGCCAACGAUUGUAAACUCGAUUCCAAUCUCAUCCUCUCUCUGACUUCAUGUCAUAUUAAUACAGUACCCAAGGGCGGAUCCAGGGGGAGGGUCGGGGGGGUCGCGACCCCCCUGUCAUUCCUGAGGUCAAAUGGGCUUCCUGUGGUAAAAAUGCGACUGGGAUUCCUUUGCCCACAAAAUUACCCCUGAGACCCCCCUUCAAAAAAACCCUGGAUCCGCCCUUGGUACCUGUAUUCCGUUCUGUUAGCCAUUCAAAGGUUGAGAAAAAACUGGGUCGAGCUGGCAUUGCAUAGCAUUGCGGGACUUUUAGGUUACAAAAUAGCCUACGCCAUCUUGGAAAUAUGUAAAUUAAAACAGUUGCACAAUUCAUUGCACAGGAACUCUUUCCAGUUUUUUCCUCGACCACUCAAAAUGGCUGAUUGUAUCUCAUGACUAUAUAUUCCCAGUUUUAUAGUCUCCAUUUUGGUUGGAUUUAGAAAAAAACUUCUUUAAUGAUUACAUGUGCCAUGUUGACAGAUUAUUUUACUGAUAUGUAUAUCGUCCUUGUAGUGAUGUAAAACCUUUUGAUACAGACGAUAUACGUAUAUAUGUAUGUAUUUUUAUUGAUAAAAUGCCGAAAAUAUGAAAUCAAAACUUGAAAAUGUUAUAGCGAUGGAACAUUUGACAUUGUCCACCAUUUUGAAUUUAGCUUACGAACCUGGCAUUUGACAAAGGAACUCCCAAAAAAUUAAAACACUGGGAUUCCGCUCGAUCAACAUUAUAAAUUUCAUAUGCCUAAAUACUGUGAUAAUAAAGCCAUCAAAAACACCA